UUCUGUCAGCUUGGGUAAAUCUUGGAUAUUUAGGUGGACAACAAAUGAAGGGAUAUAUGAUCUAUUUUUUCAGCUGAAGAUGGCGCUGCUGAGCCACACGGCUGAGCGGGUUGGCAGCGACAGCUUGAAGAAGUGGGAGUUAGUUGGCUCUGGGGGGUUUGGUCAUGUCUAUAAAGCCAGGCACAAGGACUGGGGGUUUGAUGUGGCCAUUAAGCUACUUCGAGAUGGUGUUGGGUGUUAUUCCAGUCCCAUGUUGUCAAAGGAGAAAGCACUGUCUGAAGAAGUUAAUCACAUGGAUAAGGCUUCCUGUGAGUUUGUGCUGAGGGUUUAUGGAAUUUAUGAGGGAAAUACACCAUGUGGAGGCCUCUCCAUGCAAACGGGAAUAGUUAUGGAGUUCAUGAGCAGAGGAUCAGUACAGGACCUGCUGAAGGAGCUGUGUGCUCCUCCACCGUGGCCCCUGGCCUUCCGCUUGGCCCAUCAAGUGGCUCUCGGCAUGAACUUCCUCCAUUCAAGGAACCUUAUGCACCACGACUUGAAACCAAGUAAUGUCCUGCUGAAUGAUGACCUGAACGCCAAGCUUGCAGACUUUGGUCUGUCCAGGGUUUCCACCAGUGCCUUGAACAGCAGCGAGAAAAUGACAGGAGAGGUCGGAGGCACAUACAAGUACAUGCCUCCUGAGGCUUUCGAUGCAUCAUAUGAACCUGUCCGUGCUUUUGACAGAUACAGCUAUGGCAUCCUUCUCUGGUGUAUUGUUACUGGGAAAGAGCCAUAUCCAAUGGCUGGUUAUAGCCUUGUUGCACUGAGGAUCCCUAAAGGGGACAGACCUUCCUGUGAGAAAAUUAACCAGAGGGAGGUAGAAGGGUUGGAGGAGCUGGUCGACCUCAUGAAGAUGUGCUGGGACGAGAAUCCUGCCAAGAGGCCUGCCUUUAAAGAGUGCCUUGAAGUCACUGAGGAGGGUUUCUCAAAGCACAAGAAGGAAAUUCAUGUUGCAGUUCAUCAUGUAUUGACAAGACUGGAGUCACAUACCAGUAAUCAAUGUUCAAACAGAAGUGUGCCGCUCAGUUUUUCACCUCAGACACCAGAACAGUCAAAGUCACAUGAUGAGAAGGAUCCUGUCAGAGUUACACAGACUGAAAAGAAGUCCAUCAGUGAUUCUGGAAAAACAUUGAGUGAUACAGAUAAAGCAAAGUUCAUUGACGACAACAGGGCGGUGUUAAUUCAAGACAUUUCCGAAGUAAUGGCAAUCGUAGACGAGCUCGGGGACAUGGUCCAUAGCGAAACAUACUCAGUGAUCGACACUAAACAGACCAGCCAGGACAAGAUGAGAGUGCUUUUUCUGAGGACGUUUCGUUCAGGAGGGGUCACCGUCAAAGCCGCAUUCUACACUGUCCUCAAAAGACAUCAGCCCAAACUAGUCGAGAGGCUCAGUGGAAUAUACUGAAACAUAUGUGGCCGACCUAAAUAUUCUAAAGUGUUGAGGACUUUAAGGUUCUCAUCCAACAUUUUCAAUUUCAAAAUGUUCUACAUCCAUCCGUCAAUGUAACCAUUAUCUAUACCCCUUAUCCUUGAGGGUCAUGGGGGUGGGCUGGAGACAAUCCUAGCCGACAUACCCUGAGGGGCGGGGUACACCCUGGACAGGUCCGCAACGUAUCCCAGUACCACCAACCAUCCAUGCCCAUAUUCACAGUGGGUCCCCAUGAUAACCAAACCCCAAUCUCUAUAUCUUUGGCCUGUGGGAGGAAGCAAGAGUACCAAGUAUUCAAAACAAGUACCCUCUUGCUGUGAGGCAACAGUGCUACCCACUGUAACACCGGUCCACCCUUGUAUGUUACAUCAAUUUUUUGUAAUUGUAUAUGUAACAUAGCUGUUACAACAAAUCAUGUGUAUAAUUUCUUAAAUAAAGGCCUCUGUCAUGUUU